AGAGAGGGAUUGAGCUUCGUUCCACGUUUUUAUAAUUGUAAAAGAAGAUAAUUCGUAUAAUAUAUAAGAGUAAUUGGGUUAGAAAACCAUGGCAAUAAAUGUAAGAGGACUUCGCAGGCUAAACAUUAGUUUUGCAACAAAUGUAUUGUUCCAAUCUAAUUUUAUAAACGUCGGUGUCCGGUCUCUGUACACGGACCGAGAUAUGGGUGUAACAAAUUACGAAAAUACGAGAUUCAUGUUUCGGAAUCAAUAUAUGUCGAUAGAAGAAACGUUUCGUUCUAAAAUGAAGGAAAUUUGUAAACAAGAGGAUGGAAUAAUAUUCACAGAAGAUUUAAAGGCCAUGUUGCACUUAGCCCAAGAAAGUCAGGAAGAUAUGGAGUUAUUAAGUAGUAUGUUAGAGAAGUAUGUUCACCACAAGGAAACAUACAAAUAUAAUGCAUAUGUGUUUGGACCAGUAGUAAUGAGAAUGCUUUAUUAUUUGAAUAAACCACUCGUUGCUUUGGCUAUGUUUGAAAAUACACAGCUACGACAUACUUUUGAAUAUCGCUCAAGCUGUCGUAUUUUAUUAUGUCUGCUAUUGAAACAUAAUAUGUUCAAAGAACUUAGAUGCAUAUAUGACGAAAUAUUGAAUCAGAAAGGUCAGGACUUUAUUGGACGUAAUAGUGUUCUAGUCUAUGCUGCAUGUUUGAAAGAGAAUACUCCAGAAUCAUUUGAAUAUGGGCUAGCUCAUUGGCAAAAUGAGAUUGCAUCUAGUAAACCUUCUGCUAGAUGUACUACAUUGACAGCAUGUUUAGCAAUAAAACAAAAUUCACCUGACACAGCAUUGGAAAUGGUAUCCCUUUUAGAUAAAGAUCGAACUUUAGCUGUCAGGAGUUUGAAAAUUUUGGCAUAUAUGCAUAUGGAAAAAUAUCUGCAAAUCAUUCCUUUAUUGAAAUAUGUAAUAGAGCAGAAUGAAAAUUUUAGAAACGUUGUUUUUGGCGAUGUGAUAUACCAACUUGAAGAGAAAAUAAAGGAGCAAAAUUUUCCAGAAAAACAGGACUUGGAACAUUUAAUAAAUCGGCUUAAAGCGACUGAAAAGCUUGACACACAGUGCACUUUGGAAGAAUAUUUAUUCAAACCCAUGAUGAUUCAACACAGAGAUAAGUUACAACAAAAAGAUUGGAGGGUUAGAACUAAUUGGCGGCACACACACAACAAAACAGGAUUGAAGGAUUAUUUGUAAUCCACUUCAUUCACAGUUGUUACAUAAUAAGUUAACUUUUAACGGAUUUACCCUUAAGGUACAAGGAAAAUUACUACUUUCCAUUAAUAGAUAGUUUAGUUUAUUUAUAUUAUCGAAUGUAUAAAUACAGUGUUCAU